AUGCUUCCCCCAGGCUUCACCUUCCAACCCAGCGACCAAGAGCUUGUCGUCUACCUCUGCGAGUGGAUCCACCACAUGCCUCUCUCCUGCAACGCCGUCGAGGAAGCCGACGUCUACUCCCAGGAGCCGGAGGCGCUCCUCCACGGCCGGGAGAGGGCCUACUUCUUCACCACCCUCAGGACCUCCAGCUCCGGCUUGCGGGUGCAACGCCAGGCCGGAAACGGAACCUGGAUGCUCAACACCAGCAAGACAGGCACGCCCGUCAACGUCGUCUGCGACAACGGAGAUGAGGUCACCGUGGGGCACAAACGCAACCUGUCCUUUUACCUCGGCAAAGUCAAGAAGUGCACCGGAUUCGUCAUGGACGAGUACUUACUCUUUGCUCCACCCUAUGAUAACAACGGCACAAAGGAUCAGAAGGUGCUGUGCGUGAUCAGGCAGAGCCCGCAAGCCAUCAAUAAUGCAGCCAAAAGAAAAAGAGAAGCGUCGUCGCUUUCAGAAAUCUCCUAA